AUGAAUUUACAAGCCAUAAAAACGGUGUUGUGCUUGCAAAAAGCACGCAUAAAAGAAGAUCUCGUGCGGGGGCCCCGGGGGGCACUGGCUGCUGGCGGGCAGCAGCAGCAGGGGCAGCGAGCUGGGGCUGUGUGCCAGGCAGCAGCAGCAGCAACAGCGACUUGGCUUCUGGCAGGCAACAGCACCAAGCUCGGGCUGUGUGGUGCCAGGCAGCAGCAGCGGGAAGACCGACCUGGGCUGCUGGCAGCAGCGGCACCAAGCCCGGGCCGUGUGGUGCCAGGCAGCAGCAGCGGGGAGACCGACCUGGGCUGCUGGCAGGCAGCAGCAGCGGCACAAAGCCCGGGCCGUGUGCUGCCGGGCAGCAGCAGCGGGAAGACCGACCUUGGCCGCUGGCCUGCACCAGCAGCGGCACCAAGCUCGGGCCGUGUGCUGCCAGGCAGCAGCAGCGGGAAGACCGACCUGGGCUGCGGGCAGGCACCAGCAGCGAGACCAAGGUCGGGCUGUGUGGUGCGAAGCAGCAGCGGCAGGAAGGCAGACCUUGGCUGCUGGCGGGCACCAGCAGCAGCGGCACCAAGCUCGGGCUGUGUGCUGCCAGGCAGCAGCAGCGAGACCAAGCCCGGGCUGUGUGGUGCCGGGCAGCAGCAGCGGGAAGACCGACCUCGGCUGCUGGCAGGCAGCAGCAGCGGCACCAAGCCCGGGCAGUGUGCUGCCAGGCAGCCGCAAGGCCGAGCUGGGCUGCUGGCAGGCUGCACCAGCAGCGGCACCUUGCUCGGGCCGUGUGCUGCCAGGCAGCAGCAGCAUCAGCAGGAAGAUAGACCUCGGCUGCUGGAAGGCAGCAGCAGCGAGACCAAGGUCGGGCUGUGUGGUGCCAGGCAGCAGCAGCGGGAAGACCGACCUGGGCUGCUGGCAGGCAGCAGCAGCGGCACCGAGCUCGUGCUGUGUGCCAGGCAGCAGCAGCAGCAGCAGCGGCUCAGAGCUCGGGCUGUGUGGUGCCAAGCGGCAGCAGCAAGACCGACCUUGGCUGCUGCAGCAGCAGCAAGACCGACCUUGGCUGCUGGCUGGCGGAUGCACCGAGCUCGGGCUAUGUGGUUCCAGGCAGCAGCAGCAGCAGCAAGACCGACCUCGGCUGCUGGCAGGCAGCAGCAGCGGCACCGAGUUGGGGCUAUGUGGUCCGAGGCAGCAGCAGCAGCAAGACCGGCCUUGGCUGUGUGGUGCGAAGCAGCAGCCGCGGCAGGGCCGACCUUGGCUGUUGGCUGGCAGCAGCAGCAGCGGCACCGAGCUCGGGCCGUGCG